CCUUUGUUCCGAAGCUUCCAUCCCCGACUACAUCCGGUCUCCGCAGCUGGUCGGCCACCAUAUUGGGGUUGCUCGCCGCCCGUCAGGCCUCGGCGCCACUUCUUGCGGCCGCCCGACGAGGCGACUGGCCGGGGCCCCGGAUCCCGCUCCGAUCGGCUCCUCAUCGGUCCCCGGUUAGGCGGAGGAGAUCGCGAACGAGGGGCCUCUCAAAAUAACAGUUGGAAGGGACUUUGGAGGUCUUCUAGUCCAAGCCCUUGCUCAAGCAGGAAACCCCAUACAGACAAAUUCUUGUACAAUCUCUUCUUAAAACCUCCUGUGUUGGAGCACCCUCAACUUCCAAAGGGGCUGAACUCAUCUUGAGACCUUAGCAGCAGCGAGUGAGAUCAUGGAGGAAAACGGAGAAGAUGUGGCUUCCCUGGGGGCCUACAUUUCAACAGAUGGCAGCUACACAGAAUUCCCUGAUGCCAAUAGCACCGUGUCAUCUCUGGAGCACACCAUGAUGUCUGAUACCCUUCUAGAGACCGUGCCCAUGCUGAAUCACGGCACACUGACGGCUUCCUCGCAGGACUCUUCCUCUGCCACUAAAUCAAGGCGCCAGCCUAUUUGGACUGAUGAGGAGAUUCGGGCCUUCAUCCAGGUGUGGGGUGAUGACGCGGUGCAGAGUGCCCUGGCAUCAAACUAUCGCACAGUUGCACAGUUCCAGUGGAUAGCGGAUGAAAUGCGAGCCCGGGGUUACAACAGGGAUUGGGAGCAAUGCCGCGAACGUGCAAAGGCCCUUCGACGGGGCUUCAAAGUGAUAAUGGAUGGGAACAGCAACGCUCGCCACGGACGCCGCGUGUGGCCUUAUUUCGAAGAACUUAAUCGAUUUCUUUGCAUCAAGCGAAAUCUGGUCGUUCCACGGUUUUCAGGGAGGAUCCUGUGGCCUCCUGUGGACCGCCGGCAUCGCGAGCAUAGAGAAGUGCAAGAUGCCCCCUUUGAGCCAUCCCCAGUAGGCAAGAGUGACAAAGGGACUUUUGAAGAGCCAGACGGGGACUGUCUGUUGUUGCCCGAACCGGGAUCUCAGCAGAGCGAAGUCAACAUGGAAAACCAAGCGGCGUCUCCAGCAGCAAAUUCUGAUAUUUCCAUGGAUGGUAGCAUUGGUCCUGGCACUCCCACCGAUCCUUUGCCAUCCAAUGACUCAGUUACUGCGCCAAAUCUGCGCCCUCGGCCCCUGACUGCUGCAGAGAGGAUGCGUAAUUUUCGUUGCCGGCAAAGAAAAAGAAGGGGGGAUACUUUGGAAGAGCUGAUAGAAAUCACCUCCCAGGGUACCAGUGAACUAGUCCAGACAUUGUCCGACUUCCCACAUGAAGAGGUGGCUUCUUUUGAGCAUGCUUAAAAGCGGCCCGGAAGGACGAGAUGGAGCAGAGCGCUGAGGACAUUGGACAGCAAAUGUUUUUGUCUUAGAAAAAUGGAAGGAGGAUGAUCUAGGAAAGUACAGAUUUCUCAGUUGACAUUGCACGUGGGCAAAGCCCUUGAACGAAUGAUUCAACAGUGUGUUUGUGUACCUGGAUAGCAAUGCAAAAGUUAACAAGAGCCAGCAUGGGUUUGUCACAACAAAUUUAGGCCAGGCAGACCUUUAUCUCCUGGACAGUUACCACCUUAAUUGUACAGAAUAUAAUGUACCUUGACCUCAGCAAAACCUUCAACAAAAUCUCUCAUUAUAGUCAUACAGGCUACAGGUGGCAACUGAGAAUGACUGACUGACUGUACAAAUAAACUGAUCCAUAUCAAGCUGGUGAUAGAUACCGAGUUGAGAGCAAAGGAGAUCUCUCCUAGGCCUAAUGAUGUUCAACAUUUUCCCCUGUUCUGUCGUGUCUGAGUUUUAACUGAGGGAGACAGUGUUAUCCAAAGACAUUUCUCUGGUCAUGUGACCAGCAUGGCUAUAUGCAAAAACCCAAAGAAAGCUGUUAUCUUCCCACCACUGAAGUGGUACUUAUUCAUCAAUUCCCAUUUGCUUGCUUUCAAAUUGCUAGGUUGGCAGAAGUUGGUGCACUCAGGUGUUGAAUGUAAAGUCUUACACUUAGGCAAGAAAAACCAAAAGUACACAUAUAGACUGGGUGAAACCAGGCUUAAUAGCUGUAACUCUGAGAGGGAUCUUGGAGUCUUAGUAGACAACCAGUUAAAUAUGAGCCAGCCGGCAGCCAAAAAAGCCAGUGCACUCCUAAGCUGCACUAACAAAGGAAUACAAUCAAGAUCAAGUGAGGUACUAAUACCACUCUAUAAAGUAGUAUAGAAUACUACUUAGUAAGUAGUACUUACUAAGUAAGUAACUUAGCAAGACCACACCUAGAAUAAUGCAUCCAGUUUUGGUCACCACACUAAAAAAGAUGUUGAGGCUAGAAAAAGUGCAGAGAAGAGCAACCAGCAUGAUUAGGGGACUGGAGGCUAAAACAUUCAAUGAACAGUUGCAGGAACUGGGCAUGACUAAUCUAGUGAAGAGACGGACCAAGGGAGAAUAGCAGUGUUCCAAUAUUUGAGGGGCUGCCACAGAGAGGAGAGGGGUCAAGCUAUUUUCCAAGGCAUCUGAAGGCUAGACAAGGAAUAAUGGAUGGAAACUGAUCAAGGGGAGAUUCAACCUAGAAAUAAGGAGAAAUUUUCUGACAGAACAAUCAACCAAUAGAAGAGCUUGCUUUUGGAAUUUGUGGGAGCUUCAUCACUAGAGGCAUUUGGGGAGAUUGGAUUGACAUUUGUCGGGGAUGUGUAGAGUCUCCUGCUUGGGCAGGGUGGGUUGGACUAUAAGUCAUUUAAUUAAUCUAUCUAAUCGUUACACCCUAUCAAUGAAGGGAAGAAGGAACGAGUCCUGAAGCUUGAAAAAAAGGCCGUCAG